UGAACACACACCCCAUACACACAAGAAUUGCUUGCUUUCACUGAAAAGGUUAUUUAGAGUUUGGUUUCUGUGUUGGUUCCUUAAUUCUCGUGGCUCUUGGGGACUUUGAUUUCGCCAGAGAAGUAUAUUCUGGUGUACUCUGUGCUUUCACCCUUGUGCUGCCCGCGUUUGAUGAAAUUUCGGCGCACAAAGUGCCUGGAAUCGAACCUCGGGAUCGGUAUCGUUCAGCACCGUGGUAAAGCCUGUGGUAACGUCACGAUCCACGUCCGUCCACGAUUAAUGUCAGGCAUAUCGAGUGCCAGGCUCUCCGAAGAGCGGAAGGCAUGGAGAAAAGAUCAUCCUUUUGGAUUUGUAGCAAGACCGACCAGAAGUGUGGAUGGAACGCUUAACUUGAUGAAUUGGGAAUGUGCGAUUCCUGGCAAGAAAUCUACACCAUGGGAGGGUGGACUCUAUAAAUUGCGUAUGAUCUUCAAGGAUGACUAUCCGUCGAGUCCGCCAAAGUGUAAAUUCGAGCCUCCACUAUUUCAUCCAAACGUAUAUCCCUCAGGAACUGUGUGUUUGUCACUCUUAGACGAGGAAAAAGACUGGAGACCAGCUAUCACCAUCAAACAAAUUUUACUUGGCAUACAGGACUUAUUAAACGAACCUAAUGUCAAAGAUCCAGCCCAAGCAGAAGCAUAUACAAUAUAUUGUCAAAAUCGCUUGGAAUAUGAGAAGCGUGUCAGAGCUCAAGCUAGAGCAAUGGCUCCCCAGGAAUAAGUCUAUAUUAAGUAUCAUUAAAUUCAAAUAUUCCAACAUAUAAAGAAGUCAUUGUAUACCUAUAGUAUAAUAUUCUAAUAUUUGAUCAACGUUUCAUAUCUUUUUUAUAAGUGACAUUAAAUGUACAACGUAGUUAAUUUUCUAUUUUCUGCAUUUUCGUUUGUGUAACAAAAUUCUCAUGCACUAUCAUCAAUAGAUUAUUCGUUAUAUUAAGUACAAAAAAAAUGAGGUAUUGUUUCCCCUUAAAAAAACUAUUACGUACCAUACGUUGUUAACAAGUUAAACUGUAUUUCAGAAGUUUUUUUGUUAACAGUUUGUCCAUAUAUUAUGAGUUUACGCAUUUUUCUAAACUAAAGUAUAAUUCGUAAGGCUUGCUGGCAAUUACUGAUAAGUCUGUGGUGAACUGUGAAUCCAAUUCUACAAUAAAAAUGAAAAGAACAACGCUUAUUUCCUCUUCAACCCACAAGCACUCUAUGUUUCUGACGAACAUGUAUUUAAAACUAUUUUGAGAAUUGUAUAAGUACAGAAAUAAAAUUACGAUUUAUUUAA